AUAACAGCGCGGGGGCAGGAGCGAUGGGGAUGCAGUGGGAGAGGUGUUGCACUUUUCGUACAUGUGAGCAUGGCUUGUUGCGGUGAUUAAUAUUCUUUCCUUCCGGGAAUACUGCUACGCUAUGGGUUUUGGAGAGUUAGUAUCUUAGCUGCAGGGUGUUUGAAGCAGGAUGGUUGGCCUGGAGCUCACUCCGAAGGCAGGAAGGCAGCUUGGCGGUCAUAGGAUUAGUUAAUUGACCCUUGUAGUUUCUCUAACUUAAAUUAGGGAUCGCGAAUAGCUUCACUAAAGGGUCAUGCUGUCAUAUGUAUCGUCGCAGCUCUUCUGUAAAGACGGGGUCGCGCGCUUUGGGCCGAGUCGUUGCCCCUCUCUUGAUAAUAGGGCUUGUAGCAGCUCUGCUUUUCAUUAUCAGCAAUAGAGAUAAUCCUGCUUCGAAUGCACCCGACCUGCAACCUGAACCGCGCGACGAAUGGCACAGACAGCUGCUCAUUCCAUCUCAGUCUACGCUGGUUGUCUACAUCCUCAGUUUCGCCGAUGCAGUUCAGCUGGAGAACUUCCAGUUUUUCUAUUACGAGGCAAUCCGGCGGGAUACAACUGCUCAGUACCACAUUCUGAUUGAAGAGGGACGCGAGCAGGACCCCGCGCUGCCCGUGCUACCAUCGCACGCUCUUUACAUACCGCACGACCGGUCCUGCGGCGGCCUCAGCCUGUUGCGCUGGUACCUUCAAGAUGGCAUCGGCCGGGACAUCUCCGCUGACAAUGUCGUGCUGCUCAGCUCGGCGGUCAGGGGCCCCUUCAUCCCGCCCGGCCUGCGGGCGCUGGUGACCUGGCACGCGGCGCUGUGUGCCGACCUGGCCCCCACCCGGGACGAUGACCCGGACCGGGAUCAGCGGCGAGAACAGGAGCAGGGGCCAGGACAGGAGCAGGGCCGGAGGUCAGCGGCAGGGCUGAUCGGCUGUGUGAUGAGCUGCGUGCAGGAGGAGCCCCCGGGUGGGGCGCCUGGGGCCUUCUCCUCCUCCUCCUCCUCCUCAGCUCCUCCCCCCCUGCAGCCGCCCUUCCCGGAAUUCACCGCCCUGUGCGCCAACCAGGCCGCCAUAUCCCUGCUGUUCGCCCUGCCCCCCCAGCAGCUGCCCGCCUGCCCGCCCGCGGGUACAGCUGCAGCAGCAGCUGGUACGGAGGAGGAGGAGGCGGAUGAGGCAGCCGCCUCCUCUCCCUCCACCACCCCAUCACCUCCGUCCACCCCAGCCGCCACCCCCUCCU